AUGAGCUACAUCGCCCGCCGAGGUCUCUCGACCUUGAUUCCCCCCAAGGUUGCCUCCCCCAACGCUAUCGGUGCCGCCCAGGAUGCCGCCCGCAUGGAGCGCGUUGUGAACUUCUACGCCGGUCUUCCCCGUGGUCCUGCCCCUACCGUCAAGCCCACCGGUAUCAUCGGCCGCUACCAGGCCCGCUACUUUAGCGGCAAGAACGCCUCCGGUGUCCCUCUUAUCCACGCCAUUGGUGGUAUCCUGAUCUUGGGUUACAGCAUGGAGUACUACUUCCACCUGCACAACCAUACCCAAAGACUUAAACCUCCGAUCAGUCGCAAACAGGGCGAGAUCAAGCAAGGUGUGUGGGCAGAUACACCUCACAACUUUCGGGCCACGCUAACCGAAAACAGCGACCCUCAGCUUCAACCCGAGUUGACACUUGAAUCUUGUACCAUCCUCCCUAUUCUUGUACCAUCAACCCUCCUCACUCAGAAAGUCGCCCUCUUCGACCUCCUCCCGUCUCUGGGAUUUCUUGCGCUGCGGACUCUCCUAACGCACGCGCCCUCCGAUUUCGCUGGACUCUCCACCGACUUGACACACCCCAUCAGCUUUCGAAGACUGUUGGCCGACCCAUAUCUGGUGAUAGUAUCCCAUUUCUUCAGGUUGAAACCAGUCGAGCUAGCAGUGCAACCGUGGCGAUCCUUGAUAUCUGACGAUAGAAAACAUGCUGUCAUCGCACAGGGCGUUUUGCUAAUUUCUUCGCAAUUGCUACUUGAAACAGAUUCGAGUAUUGUUAUGGCAGAGCAGAGCAGCCGCGAUGUGGUAGAUCAGACCCUGUCGGGCGGCGAGCCCUCGCCCUCCGACGUUCCUGCGAGCACCAACGACAAUAGAUCUGCUGGAGGGGACGCAGGGAAGACCGAACAUAUCGCAAUGAACAACGUUACUUCAAACAAUUCACGCUUGGACCAGGCAAACCACGAGACGAAUGACAUGCUUGAUUCACGAGGGGAACGGACUGGAAACGACAAAGAUCUUGGGGGCUCUGCGACGGUGAGCUAUGCUUAUGGAAACACCGCGAAGCGCUCACUGACUUGGGCGCAGGACAAUAACAAACAGGGCGCCGGACUUGUCGCGACAAGGGUUCUUGAACUAAACGGAAUUGCAUCGGCAUCAGAUGGCGGAGAUGACACAGCGUCACAAGGUGGUUCGGAAUCCGAUGCAAGUCGAACGGAUAGCAGACACCAUGCACGAAGUGGCUCUGUCAAAAAGCCAGGUUUAUUUAAGCCCGUUUCCUUCGCGAAGUUCUCAGUACCCAAGGUUGCGGGAGCUUCAACACCUCCUAAGGCACCUGAGAAGGUGCCUUCAACUUCAACUACACCACUCGGUACCCCGCAGCUAAACUCUCGACCACGACUUGUCGCAAAGACCACUGCGGGGAUGCGUGAUUCAUUUUCAAAGACUGGGCCAGGCGGAACCAAUACUGGUGGAUCAGGACCUGAUCCAAGCCAGGUUUGGAACAAGAACCGGCCUGUUCAGCCUCCUCCACCGAAGCAUUUGACCGACGAAGAGUUGAAACAGCAAUACGGCAUUCAUAUGACUUCGCGGAUUCAAGAAGAUGGCGCUGUAAGCUCUGAAGCGAAAUGGGCGGACAUUGAUGAUGAUGAAGAUGAUUGGGCCCCCGAGACAAUCGAGUGGACGGAUGGAACGAAGGUUACUCUUACUCACACUGACCCUCCACCAGCUCCUAAUGCUCCCAAUACUCCCAAUACUCUCAAUACUCUCAAUACUCCCAAUGCACCGAAUGCACCGAAUGCCCCCAGUGCCCCCAAUGCUCCCAAUGCUCCCAAUCAACCAGAGCUCAAGGAAGCGCCACCUGCGGAACAACCACCUGCUAUGAAAGAGCCUCUCAAGUUUGCACCGAAGCCAAUGACCUCCAUGGGCCCAAAUCCUACCAUUCUCAAACUCGGAGCAAACGCUGAACGUCAAGCAAGAACCGCAAGUGCUUCGUCCAAGGGGACAAAUGACAAAGCCCCAUCUAGCUCCACAAGCCCAGCACCACCCUCCAAGUCUCCAUGGGCCACCCUACCACCGGUUGAAAGAGUUUCUCCAGUCAGUGCGCCGAUGCAGCCUCCUCCUCACCAGCCGCGCAUGCCUAUGAUCCAUUCUCAGGGUCCGAGAGACGAGAGCUACCAUGGUCAAUUACCGCCAAAGGAGAUUGCAGCAGACGACUUCAACCGCACGUGGAAAGAUACCCAGUCAGGGGCUCCUCGAGAACUCUACAACUCUCGAUCCGGCCGGUAUGAGCCAGUUGCAGAGACUCGGAGACCAUCUUGGCGCCCUGACCAGCAUGCCCGAACCCCUGCUGUGUUGCAGAGAGCGAAUGAGCACUCAGGUGGCCCAGCCGAACCAUCUGCUGCAUUCCAAACGCACAGAUCGAGUCACCAGGAUGGACCAGGCUGGGGUCGUCGUCGAACAUCCUCAAAUGCGAGCGGUGGAAGUGGAGGGUAUGGUCGUAGGAUGUCUUUUGGUCGACCCGAAGCACCCCCCAGAUUCAACGAUGUUCGAAGAGGCUCGCAGGUGAAUGGAAUGGAUGAUCCGGCCUUGAUUGACCGAGAGCAGCCCCACGGGAAAGAUGAGAUACUUCCAUCCGGUCCCAACGGGACAGCUCGUUCGGUUGUUGAUGUAGGUGAUUCCCCCGUGGAGGCGCCAGUACAAGUUCCUCAAGUACCUCAGGAGGAUCCUGUUGCUAUGCAAGAGCGUAUCAUGAAAGAGAAGCGUCUAGAGGCACGGCAACGAAGAAUCGAGCAAGAGGAGAAGGAGGAUGCGGCCAAGAAGGAGAGGAUAAGACAGCGACUCGAAGCAAUGGGCCCUGCACCCGAGAAAAAGGCUCCAGAAAGUCGCACUUCUUACCCUCACUCUCACCAACAACCUCAUUCUCUUCAACAUCCUCCCCCGUCAUCUCCCUCCCAACUUCAUCACCACCCUGCCUCCACUAUCUCUUCACCUCCCAAACCCCCAGUCCCUGAGCCAUCCGGCGAGCCAAAGCAGUAUGGUAUGAUGAAAGUACAUCAUCCUGAUUCGGUCAAGAAACUCGUCGCUUCUCACGAUCGUGAUCGCAAUUUGGAGAAGCAUCAUCCUCGACGCAUCCCGUCACCUAACCAACAGAAGCGUGAACCCCCUUCUGCACCUGGUGACCAAGAAAAAACCGAGCCUCAGUCACCAGUUCAAAGCAAAGCUGAUGCGAAACCUGAAGAGCAGCACGGUCCCCAGUGGCGUGCUAAUCUGAACGUUUCUCACUCGCCUUGGUCCACAAACUCUAACAUCGGGGUGAAUCCUCCCUCUGUCAACAACCCUUGGAAGCCUCUGGGAAGUGACCGCACUCUAACACUCGGAAACGGUAUUUUCGAUCAACCCUUGGGCUUCGCAUCACGCGAAGUUCCUCUGCGCAGUCAACUCGGGUUAGACCAAGCAACGAUGCCUGCCCCCAACUUCCCUGGCCCCCAAGAGCCAAACGCUCCUACUCUCCCAUCGCCUGAGACUAAACAUCCUUCUCUUGACAAGAUGACUCCUAUCGGCCGCCCUCGUCCUAUUGGACCCCCGAGCUCACAGCAGAACCACGCAGCGACUUUGAAGGCCUGGAACACUUUCCAUGAGGUUGCGAAUAAACAAGAAGCCGAGACAGCCCGCAACUUUAUGGCUCAAUUCAAGGAAAAACGUGAGAAGGGGAUCACGAGGCCCAUCAUUCUCAACGAGACUUGGAAUCAGGUUCGAGUCAACGAGGACGGCUCGCGCAAGGUCAUCAAGACCACCGAGAGAACCCAUACUAAUGUUAAGGAUUCUGUUACCCCCUCAAACCCUCUGACUGAGCUUGAUACUCCCGCGGAUAGCCUUGUCACUGCUGAGUCCAAUGCACGUGCCGCACCCGCUCGUAGCUCGCGCUUUUUCCCUCAGAGCACCGAACAGCAGAGGCGCCAGGUUACCGAGAAAGAACGCAGCCCUUCUCCUCCUCCCCCGGAGGAAGUGUCCAGCCACCACCCAGUUUACUUUGGAGACUCGGAUCGUCCCCUUGUUCAUCUGCCCACCCCGAAGCCUCCCAAGCCUGUUGUGAAGCUGCCCCCUAAGACACUUGCUGCCGCUGCCGCCACUGCCACUGCCACUAUCGCCGCUGCCACUCCCGCUCCCGCUCCCGCUGCUGCAGCCCCGGCUCCUUCCUUCGCGUCCAUGGCGGCAGCUCCGCCACGAAAAGCUGCACCCUCUGCACCCCCUGCCCCAUCCGCUUUGAAUACUGUCUCGUGGCAAGCCAGAUUCGAUGACCUCUUUGGAAAGUCCACGCCACCCGACAAGAAGAGUGUCUUGGCUGUAACAUCCGCCUCCAAGGAGCCCCUCCCUGUCCACGUUUCCGGAGCCGCUGUCUCUUUGCCAAGAGUCGUCGUCGACUCGCAGCCUGGAGAUGGUGAUCUCGCUGUCCGCCAGGUUGAAGAGCAGGAUGAAAUGUUUGAAGAUCGCGAGCCAGGCUCUCUGCCUGCUGUACGUGUGCCUCCUAUGGCACCUCCUAUGGCAUGGGCCCCAGUCAAGUCCCGUUUCAAGAAUAACAAGCCAAUAAACGCCCAAACCAUGUGGGGCUUCCUUGUUGGAGCCAGUGACAUUGACCGUCAUGGCAAUACUCACAUUACCAUAUGUGUCCCCGGUGGCACUCCUACUCAUGUUUUGCUUCCUAGGAAGGCUGGAACCCCUGCUCCCCGUCCUCGCAACCCCGUCAACCACAACAAAACUCGCAAGACAAAUAUAAAGUCUCGCGAUGCUGUUGGCGGGGGUGUCAAGAAGUCCGCCCCCCCUCAAGGUUCUUCUCAAGGCCCCUCUGGAACACGAUACCGAGGCUGGAGCCCUGAAACCAAAUAA